AUGAUGGAACGCCAAGCUGAUAGAGCUGUUAAGACGAAGUUACCACCCUGUUGCCUUCGAAUUAUCAACGAUGAGUUUGUUCUGGUAGGAACCUACAAUCUGGAUAAAGAAACUGGCAACAGAACAGGUUCUGUGGAUUUAUAUGACAAGGAACUUCAAUUAAUAGCAUCUCAUGAGACGUAUGGAGCGGUAUUAGACCUGAAACUGUCGCCCUUUGACGAACGACUAGUAGUAGCCGCUCACUCAACAGGUAAUGUUACUCUAUGGAGAAUUGCAAUGUCUUUAGAGGAAGUUUCGGUGAUAUUCGUCGCUAAUUUGCAAGCUUUCGAGACAGAUACAUUAAUUACAUCUCUCCACUUCUCUCCUUUUGAUGCAUCGAUACUGUUGGUCACUAACACUGCAGGAGAAUCAGCAACUUUGGACAUAGCGAAGGGCAAUACCCUAUUUAAUUGCGAAACAUUGGAAAAUUCAUAUUCUAAAGUUGAGAAUGUCUCAUUUGUAGUUCAAGGGCGCACACAAAGAGCUAUUAUGGAGAAUCCUAAUACAUUUACUGGAUCGCACUCUUUGGAAUGUUGGACAGGUGAAUUUGGUAAUCUACAACCUCUACAGAACGUCUUAUUCACUGGUGGUGAUGACGCAACCAUAAUGGCUCAUGAUUUGCGCUCUAAGGAAUUGAUAUGGUCAAAUAACAGGAUUCACGAGGCUGGUGUCGUUGGUAUUAAAUGUAGCACACCAAACUUCCGAAACUCUAGCCCGACAUCCAUCAUUACAGGUUCGUACGAUGAUCACAUUAGGUUACUGGAAUUGCGAAUGCUAGGGAAAGAUUCAAUAUACCCCGGUCGGAAUACUCCCGUUACCAAGGUUUGGGAUGAAAAUCUAGGCGGCGGUGUGUGGAGAUUUGCUGAGCAGCCUCAAGAAUUAUCAAGUCUUUCGAACUCUGAUGAGUUGCUUGUUUGCUGCAUGUACAAUGGUGCCAAAAUAAUCGCCAUUCAAGAUUCUCCACAAGAUAAUGUGUUCUCUGAAACCAGCUUUCUAAAAGCUGGCCACGAAUCCAUGUGUUACGGUGGCGAUUGGUGCAAGGACUUCGCCGUUACAUGCUCGUUUUACGAUAACUCUCUCCAAAGGUGGAAUCCUUGA